AUGGCACCCAUAUCGACACCCCAAGACCCAGAUGUCGGAAUCUUUCAUCCAAAGGUUAUUGCCCUCUCAUUAGGGAUUACAGCAACUGCAUACCUUUCAUACAGAUUUUACAGGCGAUAUCUAAAGCCUGUGCGUUCAAUUUUAGACCUUACCCCAGAAAGACUUGAGUACAACCACAAAUUAUAUGGCUAUGUUACGCGAGUUGGUGAUGGGGAUAAUUUUAGGUUUUUUCAUACACCAGGUGGGGUCUUUGGUGGAUGGGGGUGGCUCAAAUCUGUACCAAAGAACAGUAAGAUUCUAAAAAAUGAGACAUUGAUGAUUCGAUUGUGUGGAGUUGAUGCCCCAGAACGAGCGCAUUUCGGAAAACCAGCACAGCCAUAUAGUGAAGAUGCAUUGCAAUGGUUGAAAUCUUAUAUAUUAGGAAGAUAUGUGGUGGUCACGCCGUACCUGGUGGAUCAAUACAAGAGAAUUGUUGGAAGAUGUCAAGUAUGGAAAUGGACAGGUAAGAAAGACGUUUCGGCUGAGAUGUUGAAACAUGGCAUGGCUAUAGUUUACGAAGGGAAAGUUGGAGCAGAGUUUGGGGGUAAUGAAGAUUGGUAUAAGCGACUAGAAAAAAGAGCCAAGCUUCUUAGACGUGGCGUGUGGGCUUUAGGAUCCAAGAUGUUGACUCCUGGGAACUAUAAAAAAACCUACUACCGAGGAGAUUAA